AUGUCGAAGGUUAACAAGGAUGGAGCGCAGCAGACGUCGCUUCUCGAUGUCCUCAAGAAGAAGAUGCGGCAGGCCCGCGAAGAGGCCGAAGCUGCCAAGGACGAGGCCGACGAGGUCAAGCGCCAGCUCGAGGAGGAACGCAAGAAGCGCGAGGAUGUAAGACCUCAUCUACCAAUUGUUCUUCUCCAAUCUUCUACCAAUCCUUUCUCAUGCUCAUUGGAUAUGAAUCGGUCCUAUCCAUCAUAGUUGAAGUUUCGUGCCUACUCCAAUCUUUUCUCUGAGUCCUAGUCUCUUAGGAAGCUUGAAAAUGGAAAGAGUGCAGGGCCGGGUGCGCAUGUGUGUCUGUUCGCUAAAGCUGUUAUUGGCUCCCGAAAAUUGAGGAAGAGCCACUUGACACUCCAAAAUUCGAUCAAGCGCUGCGUAGGUGAAGCAAUGGUUUUGGAACACUUGCGAGUCAUCAUUUAAGUGUUUUAUCUUUCAUUGAGCCGUAAAAGAUAGCGAUAAAACGCGAGAAGGGGUUUUUGCACAUUUCCACUCCACAUUGGACAAACAUACGAAAGCUUUGAGAAUUUUUUUUCCUGGAAUCUCGCGCGCUUGAGAGGUACGCAAAUGUGCCAGGGCCAACCUUUUCUCUAUCUCUCUUUGUCGUAAGGAACCUCUUUGCUCUUGUUGCAAUUGCAAUAGCUGGGUCGAGCCGAAAAAUUUUGGUCCAAAAGGAGGAAAAUUACAUGAUACAACUAUAAAUAAGAAAAUGAAAAAAAAAAACUUAGAAAUAAAGAAAACUUGAUUCAAAAAUAUUGAAAAAAAAACAGGCUGAAGCCGAAGUCGCUGCACUGAACCGACGCAUUGUGUUGGUGGAAGAAGACCUCGAACGAACAGAAGACCGACUGAAAGUGGCGACGCAGAAGCUUGAGUCAGCCACAAAAAUGGCCGACGAAGCCGACCGGUGAGAAGCCUUACUAAUUUUCCGUCCCCCUUUAGGCUGAGGCCGAGGUGGCGUCGCUGAACCGCCGCAUGACUCUUCUCGAAGAGGAGCUCGAGCGUGCUGAGGAGCGUCUGAAGAUUGCCACCGAGAAACUCGAGGAGGCCACCCACAACGUCGACGAGUCUGAGCGGUACGUCCGUCAAAGUUGACGGCGGUGCCGAUUCGCGAAGCCACCUCCAGUGCCAGAAAGUGUCCUAUUCGUCCUCCAUGUGCUUUGUACCACGUCCAUGUUCGUGUUCCUUGUUUUCAAGCGCUCGCAAGACGAUGGAGACGCGCUCGCAGCAGGACGAAGAACGCGCCAACUUCCUCGAGACCCAGGUCGACGAAGCGAAGGUCAUCGCCGAAGAUGCUGACCGCAAGUACGAGGAGGUACGAUCUCCGCAUCCUUCCGACUCCAUCCGACCCUCCAUUUCUGUUUCUAUGUUCUGUGUGUGUGUGUGUGUGUGUGUUUUGUGCAUGAUUCCUGUUACCGACUUUUCAUGGUUCCCCAAUUUCCCUAGUUUUCCAACAGGCUGAGCCUUACUUGGGGUAGUCGGUCUUUUUUCAUUCUUUCCAGCUUUAAAUUGCUGGUUCAUUUUGAAAUUUUCUCCAAGGCAUGAGCUCAGCCGAAAAAUUUUUUCAAUCAGGCAAUUGUGAUAUUUUGCUUGUUUCAUUCAAAGGGAAUUCGUGUUAUUUUUCAGGAAUGUUUUGAUAAUUAAUACAUGAUUUGAUUCUCUAUGAUUAACUGAUGAUUGAAGUUUAUAUUAACGACAGGGCGCGGAAGGCGUUGUCGAAUCGCAUCGACGUGGACGACGACCGAUGCGAGGAACUCGAGCGAAAGCUCAGAGAGUGCCAGUCCCUGCUGCAUGAGACCGAGAACAAGUCCGACGAGGUGUCCAAUUUGAUUCACUAACACAUUUUUGUUCUCCUCCGGCCUUUUUCAUCAUCUCGGCAUUUUCUAUUUGAUGAAUAAUCUGAAAAACCUUGAUGAAAGAGACCGUCGCUUUGCUUCAAAAUUGUCUGUCUGUUCAGUCGUCCCCGGCAAUUCGAGAUCUCAACGCGAAUAGGCACCGCUUCCACUUAGUCUAUCCCCCAUAGCUUUCUUAAUCAGCUUGUCAUAAAUUGAGAUAAAGCGAUUCGGAAUUAAGGGUUGAGGUUUAGGUAGCACCGGUCCUUUUUAGCUUUAAAGUUGCCUAUUCCGACCGAAAUUUCCAGUGUUCGCAAGGUUAUGGAAAACCGCUCGUUCCAAGAUGAAGAGCGUGCCAACACGAUCGAGGCCCAACUCAAGGAGGCCCAGCUGCUCGCCGAGGAGGCUGACCGCAAAUACGACGAGGCAAAUAAUCCAUCUCCCAACUUAAUAUCGUGUGCUCCUGAAACUAACCGAAACCCCCCAAAAAUUACCGUUAACAGACUCUUUAAGUGACGCGUGCUUCUUGCCUAACUGCCUUCUUUUGUUCAUUCUUACGUUUCUUCCUGUACAAUGAACUGUUUUCAGGUUGCCCGCAAGCUCGCUAUGGUUGAAGCUGACUUGGAAAGAGCCGAGGAGCGCGCUGAAGCCGGAGAGAAGUUUGUUCCUUAUUCGAUCAUCGAAAAUACUUUCUUUUUUUUUAAUCCUUAAAAGUUCUCAUUCCAGUUAGGCUCAUUUAGAAAGGUUAUCUUCCAAUCAUCACUUUGACAAAGUAAUCGUAUUUCUUACCAUGCCACCAGGCAGUAGAAGAGCUUCAGCAAGAUCGUAGAGCUGGAAGAGGAGCUGCGUGUUGUCGGCAACAACCUUAAGUCCUUGGAGCUGUCCGAGGAAAAGGCCCUCGAGAAGGAGGACAUCUUUGCUGAGCAGAUUCGCCAGCUCGACUUCCGGCUUAAGGAGGUUCCUGGAGGAUGUCAUCCGGUUGACCCUCAUGUUGUCUGCGAAUAGACUCUUUCAACCUCUGGACGUCCCUAAGAGAGACCCAACAUCCUCAGUGCCCUCAUACCAAACUCCGAUUUUCAAAGAAUAAUCUAACAAGCCAAUUCUAUCGCAAAUAACCUCAAGGAACCUUAACAAUAUCCUGACUAACAGAAGAAACGCAUUGAUGGAGCGAAGUCUGACUGGGUUGUCGGCGACGGUGGUGGACCUAGAGACCCAAGUCGAGACGGCCGUCGUUCGGGAGCAUCACAUGAGCAAGGUGCUCACCGCCGCCGACGCGCUCCGCAUCGAGGUGUCGCCGAUUGGUAGUCGUGCUCUUGUAAACUCUGUCGUCAUCUGCAUAUUGUGCACAUGUCGUCUUUCAUCUUCGAUGGCGCUUUGAUCUGUCGUUUACUUCGGCUUCACUGAAGUUUCCACAAUUUAUGGUCAGAGCGCUGUUAGAGAUGCCAUCCGUAUAGAAUUCCCCAAAUUAUCAGUUCAAUAACGAGAUAAAACACCAAUGAAAGAUGCUGGUGCGUAGUAGUGGUUGUUGUGGCUUGCAGCAAGAUCGUCGAGCUCGAAGAAGAACUUCGCGUCGUCGGCAACAACUUGAAGUCGCUCGAAGUGUCUGAGGAGAAGGCCCUUCAACGUGAAGACUCGUACGAAGAGCAGAUCCGCACCAUCUCUUCCCGUCUGAAGGAGGUCUGCAUGCACUGUCUAUCGUUUUUGUCCGUUGUCUGGUCGCUGUUCGACUUCUUUUUCAUCUCUUUUCAAUUCAUCUGAGGUCGGUUCCAGGCUGAGACCCGUGCCGAGUUCGCCGAACGCUCCGUUCAGAAGCUCCAGAAGGAGGUCGACAGACUCGAAGGUAUGUUUUUUUUCCUGUUUGCUAUCACCUACUGAACGGCUUAGAUCAUAUUUUGGCUAUUUACGCAGCUUUGCUUUUAUCAGGUACUAUGAGAAUGUAGACAAAAUUCCUAAAUACUAUUUUGAAUUUGAAGGAAAAAAGCUUCUCCAAUGCUUCACGUUGUUUUGUUAUCGUGAAAAAAGUUUGUGAUGUUUGUUUUCGUCCGUGUAAAACUUGUUCCCAGUUUCUUCAGAAAUACCGAGGCAAUUUUUUUUUUUGAUUUUUCAGCUACAAUAAAAGAGCCGUAGUUUUUCGAAAAGUAUGAAAAAAGACCCUGUUUUAAUAAAAUUAUUAAGAAAAGGAUUUUAAGAAGAAAAUUCAACAGUUCUGCUUUUUUUAUGUUGUUAACUGAGGCUUUUUGAGCUCUUCAGUAAGAAGAAGAGGUUGUCAGACAAUCUAUUUUCCAAUUUUAUCGGCCUCUGCGUUUGUCAUUGUAAUUAUUUAGCUUGGAAAAGUACUAAAAUAUUUUAAUUUAAAUGAAUUAUAACAUUCUCGGUUGCCUAGGUUGUUUACUUCAAGAAUAAUUGACAUAAAAAAAUAAGUUGGUGUCACCGUGAUGGGUCUCGUCCAUAGUACUCGUCAAAACGUGUAUCGUUGUGUUGUAAAGUUUUCUGAUUUUGUGUAGACGAACUGUUGGUGGAGAAGGAGCGCGUCCGCAAUCUCACCGAGGAAAUCGAGCAGACCGUCCAGGAAAUUCAGGGCUCAUAAGUGCGUUUUUGUUUUGUCUGCACGACCUCUUCUCAUCUGUCGUGCUUGGACUUGCAAGAAAGCAUGGAUAAAAGCAUGAAACCACCAACUGAACUCUCAGAAAUCGAACGCCGUGAGGCGGUCGGUUUAUUCAAGAAAUUAUUGACGGAUUUACUAUGGCAUGCAAUUAAUUAACUUUGAAUGGGAGUGAAACUUCUAAAAACAAAAACUACAGCGAAAUUCGUAGAAUAACUGUAUGUGUGAGUGAAAGCGUGCCAUUGCAGACUCCAAAGACGAGUCGGACCGGAAAAACAAGCAGCUGCAGGAGGAGCUCGACCACAUGCUCCACGAGCUUAACGCUGUUUGAGAACCUGCUGCUUUCUCUUAUUCCCGUCUUUUUUUUUCUGAUUCCGGUGUCUCCCUCUUUUUCUUUUGAAAUUUUUCUUUUUUGCCUGCCUCGUUUGGAACUUUUGAAGUGAUUCAAUAAUUUAACAGUUUUUUCUGAAUGUACAGUUUUUGCGGGAAGGCGCUUUCCGCUAUCUCAUACUUAUUGCAAUGAUUAUUCUACUUUUUUUUUCUGUGCUUGAGUUUUGUGUAUUUUUCUACAUGUUAUAACAGUUUUCAGAACUAUCUUAACCAAUGUAUUCUGGCAUGAUCGCUAAAUUGUCCAAAUCUCCUCAAUUCUAGAUGCAACUUGUAGUCACUUCUAUCUCUCUGGCCUUUUUUUGCCUUUCUUCUUCUCAUCUACACCCAAGAGAACAAAAGAAAUCUGUGGUUCAGACGAGCUCGUGCACGAGAAAGAGCGCUACAAGGCCAUUUCCGAAGAACUCGACUCGACCUUCCAAGAACUUUCCGGAUAUUAA